AUGGCUCAUCAAGUCCGUGUAUCUCGGGCUGCUUUCCUGCUUUUUCAGACUGCAGAAGUUGCAGAGUGGGCGCAACACAUUUCCGAAUCCCGUGAUUACUACUCUCGGCAGCGCGACCAUUUCUUGAAGUUCAUAAAGCAUCCCGAAGAGCUUGCCAAAGUGGCUGUUGAUCCUCUGACCGAUGAUCCGAAGUCCCCUUGGAACACCGUCCGGCAGGACGAGAUUAUUCGAGCAGAAAUCGCGCAGGACGUUCGUCGCCUCCCAGACGAGCCAUUUUAUCACGAAGAACGAAUCCAAACGAUGAUCAUUGAUGCGCUAUUCGUGUACUGCAAAUUGCAUCCGAACAGCGGUGGCUACCGUCAGGGCAUGCAUGAACUUUUUGCGCCCAUUGCAUAUGUCGUCAAUCAAGAUACGCUGGACCGCGAAAGCCUCUCUUCGAGUGGUGCCACGGCAGAUGAGACAAUGCUCACAGUGCUUGAUUCGUCCUACAUCGAGCAUGACACCUUUGCGAUGUUCUCAAAGAUCAUGGAGAAAGCGAAGGCGUUCUACGAAGUUAAGGAUUCCAUUUCUAGAGCAGCACUGGCAUCCGCUUCCAAGGAUCGGGCAGAAACCUCGGCCAUCGUCGAGAAGAGCAAGUACAUCCACGAGGUUUGCUUGGCAAAGGUCGAUCCUGAGCUCGCAAACCAUCUCAAAGAUAUUGAAAUCCUGCCACAGAUCUUUCUAAUUCGUUGGAUCCGCCUUCUGUUUGGGCGCGAGUUCCCAUUUGAUCAAUGCCUCGUACUCUGGGAUACCAUGUUUGCCGUCGACCCGUCGCUGAACUUGAUCGAUCUUAUUUGCGUUGCUAUGCUCAUUAGGAUACGCUGGAGUUAUGCCGAGCUCAACACCGACGCCAUCGGCUGGUAG